CUACACGCCCAGGGGCGGACUGACCAUUUGGAAACUCGGGCACUGCCCGAAGGCCCGGGGUCAGUAGGGGGCCCCAUGAGAUGCCCCUGGUACCUUUUUCAUAGGCUUUUUUGAGUGUGGGCAAGGACACAGGGGCCCCAUGAUCCCCUAUUGCCCGGGGGCCCCAUGAGUUGUCAAUCCGCCCCUGUACAUGCCCCUGCUUUUUUGACACACAGGGCCCCAUGAUCCCCUAUUGCCCGGGGGCCCCAUGAGUUGU